GGGGCAGUCGAGGCGAUGAGCCACGCUCGCAGAGCGGGAGCCUCGUACAGGAAGAACACUUCCACGUUCGGCAAGCCGACCAGGGUGUUCCUCAAUGUCGCUCCGAGUCGGUUGACCGAUUUGCCGCAAGCGAUCAAGGCAGCCGAGUCGGGAAGCAGCGCAGUCGCUGAGCACGAUCCGCAGCCGCAGCGAGUAAGACCUGCCACCUCGUCUCCAGACAGUGACGCAAUGCCUCAGGUGCGAGCGCAUCCCAAGGAGGGCUCGCCGGUCAACGCACCGCAUCGCCCCAUGCACUACCCCGAAUCGUCGGCUACCACCGAGCUCUCGGACCUGGUAGACAUGAGCCUUCCACAGCUGACAAAGCCCGCCCCGGACUUCUGUGGUACCGCUGUGAUCAACGGCGAAUUCAAGGAAAUCAAGCUGUCCGACUACAAGGACAAGUACCUGGUCCUCUUCUUCUACCCGCUUGACUUCACCUUUGUCUGCCCCACGGAGAUCAUCGCCUUCAGCGACCGAGCGGAAGAGUUUCGCAAGAUCGGCUGCGAAGUGGUUGCCUGCUCCACCGACAGCCACUUCUGCCAUCUUGCAUGGAUCAACACACCCCGCAAGGAAGGUGGCCUUGGCGAGAUGAACAUCCCGCUUCUGGCUGACAAGACAAGCAAGAUCGCAAAAGCCUAUGGUGUCCUCAAGGAAGAUGACGGUGUUCCCUUCCGUGGCCUUUUCAUCAUUGACAACAAGGGCCUCCUACGCCAGAUCACGAUGAAUGACCUCCCCGUUGGCCGCUCUGUUGAUGAAACGCUCCGGCUUGUCCAAGCCUUCCAGUACACCGACAAGUAUGGAGAAGUCUGCCCUGCCAACUGGAAGCCUGGAGGCGACACCAUGAAGCCCGACCCCAAGGGUAGCAAGGCCUACUUCGCAAAGGGUGGCCACUGAGUCCCCUCUUCCACAGCUUCAAGCCAAAGCCCACUGUUGUUCCACCCCAUGUCCAUGCGUGACACUGUGCUGUUCAGUUCUGCUUCAUAUAA